AUGUACUCACAUGAAACACAAGCGACCGUAGAUCCAGCCUUCUGCAAUCUAGCUAAAGGUCACAAUAAGCUAGCGCAUGUACCUGUCAUAGAACAGAUGACCCGGUUGAUGGAAAAUCACAGUCGAGCGCGUGAACCGUAUCAGACGGACGCUGACUUCCAGCAAAGUAUACUGAAUCACUGUGUGGUACAGUUGUUAGAGGAAAUGCUCGACGCUCGUACAUACGAGCGCACACUUAAACAACACCCCAAAUCGCAUUUGAUGGCGACGCAUGAAUUGCUACAGCUGAUGAGUCUGGACAUACAGGAGGCACAACAACGGUCAACAGCACGUUCCCUCGGUCGCCAACAACAUCACAUAGGGAAUACAACACGGGGCUAUACCAACAGUUGUCCGAACCCACAGACAGCGCAACGACAGAAUUAG